CUGCGCGGAUAACCGCUCGGCCGCGGAGUGUUACAACAAUAUAGGAAAUAGCGAGUUAUAUCUAGACCACAUCUCUUACUUCAAACCCUGGGUUUUCUAUGUAUUUAUAAUGUGCAUGCAUUUUUCAUUCAUUGCCUUAAUUAGACGUCUGUAGGAGAGGCUACUAGAGAGAGAGAGACACACACACUACUUGUCCGCAGAAGUUUUUCGGGGCGUCUUAAGGGAAUGUUUGUGCACCAGCGCUCGCCGCAGCAGUUACAACGCCUGUGACUGACAGAGAGAGAGACACUCUGCAUUCUGCAUCGUGUUGAUACGUCCUUUCGCGAGCCCCUUCAGCCUUCUGGGACAAUCUGAUGAUGAUUUGAAGAACCGCAGCAGUUUUCCAGUGUACCUGUUUACCAUCCAGCACUUUGUUGUUCCCCUCUGCUGCUGCCGAUCGGCGGAUAUAAUCGCAUCAGUGCUCCAAACAAAAUGGCUUCCACAGUGAGAAAAUGUCAGCACCUGUUUUUAGCACUCAUCCUUCUCCCUUUGAUCCACUGCAUGCACCCAGACUGUGUCAUUCAGUUAGAGAAGGAGAAGUGCAUGGAAAGGAUGGAGUUGGAUGACCCUAACAGUGAACCUGAACUGGUCUGCCGAUGGACGUGGGACAACCUCACCUGCUGGCAGCCAGCAGGAAUUGGUGAAGUGGUCUGGAUGCCCUGUCCUGAGAUAUUUAAAGACAUGAGUGGGGAGAACAAUGAGUUUGGAAAGGUGGGUCGUAACUGCACCGAGAAAGGUUGGUCAGAGAUGUUCGCUCACUACGUUGAUGUUUGCCCUUUUAAUGAAAAUGGAACAAGUCCAGACAUAUACUAUGGGGCAGUAAAGGCUCUGUAUACGGUGGGCUACAGCACCUCACUGGUGUCUCUCACCACUGCCAUGGUCAUUCUCUGCAGGUUCAGGAAGCUACAUUGCACCAGGAACUUCAUUCAUAUGAACUUGUUUGUGUCCUUCAUCCUGAGGGCGAUCUCAGUCUUCAUUAAAGACGGCAUUUUAUAUGCAGAGGAGGACAGCAACCAUUGCUUUAUACACACCGUGGAAUGUAAAGCAGUGAUGGUAUUUUUUCACUAUUGUGUUUUGUCAAACUACUUCUGGCUGUUUAUCGAGGGCUUGUAUCUCUUCACACUGCUUGUUGAGACAUUCUUUCCUGAGAAAAGAUAUUUCUACUGGUACACCAUUAUUGGAUGGGGUACUCCAACAAUAUGUGUGGCUGUCUGGGCAGUCUUAAGAGCUCAUUUUGAUAACAUCGGUUGCUGGGAUAUUAAUGACAAUGUUGCCAUCUGGUGGGUGAUCAAGGGACCUGUUCUUGCCUCUAUCAUGAUCAACUUUAUACUCUUUAUUGGCAUCAUAAUAAUCCUGGUGCAGAAGUUGCAGUCUCCUGAUAUUGGAGGGAAUGAGUCCAGCAUUUAUCUGCGUCUGGCUCGCUCCACUCUUCUCCUCAUUCCUCUAUUUGGAAUUCACUAUACCGUGUUUGCUUUCACACCAGAAGAUGUCAGCAAAAGAGAAAGACUUGUGUUCGAACUUGGUCUUGGUUCUUUUCAGGGUUUUGUAGUAGCUGUCCUUUACUGCUUUCUUAAUGGAGAGGUGCAGUCAGAAAUCAAACGAAAAUGGCGCAGCUGGACGGUGAACCGGUACUUCGCGGUGGAUAUGAAGCACAGGCAUCCGUCGCUGGCCAGCAGUGGUGUGAACGGGGGCACGCAGCUCUCCAUCCUCAGCAAGAGCAGCUCACAAAUCCGCAUGUCCAGCCUGCAGGCUGAAACACCGGCCACAUGAGCACUCAGAGGAACAGACUGAAGGCCAAACUCCUCAGAUCUAGAGCUAAAAAAUAACCUACGCCAACGUCCAAAUCCUGUUUCAUCUUUUGAGUCCGUAUUACAUCGGUUAACGCUGUAAUAUCUAUCAACCGUCCAUAGAUGACAGGCUUUUGCUAUGGAACUCUGAGGAAAUCACAACCACUGGUCUAUUGUGUGCCAAGCAAACGUGGAUAAUUUCGAUGUGGACUGAUGUGGAUGAAUCAGAUUUGAUCUGAACUGAAAGGAAUUACAGGCCACGGGGGAAAUAAUGGAUCCAUAGCAAUCUAGUAUUUAGGAUGCUUUCAUCCGGAAAUCUGAAAGUUGUGAACAAGGUGGAUAUUUUUGUACAUAUCAACAUCAGAGUCUCUCAUGUUUUCAUUUCUCUGUCUUUGAAGAUUAGUGACAGUACGAGAUUUCAAUAUUUCAUUGUCAAAGCUUCAUCAAACAGGAUGAAGACAGUCGGCCUCACAGCGAUGGGAUGUGGGACACAAAAAGUCAUUUUUGAAGGAGCAGAAACCACAUAUUUCACACAGGAGCUUAAUGAAUAACUGAUUCCCAGUUCUUAAUACGAAUUUAACAUGUAAAUAUUUGCGUAGGUUGUACUUGUAGAAUGAAGGACUGCAGGAAAAUCAAUGCGAAAUUUGAGGACCCACAUUGUGGACACUUCUUUGGCACAGUGUUGAAUCUUUUACACGGUCAAAACUAACAUUUGCGAAGCAAAACUAGCAUUUGAAACCUCAUUAAAACAGCAACUUAACUUGUUUUCACAAGUGGAUUCCUCUUGUAUUUCACAUGCUCCUAUUUCUUAAACAGCCGCCAGUACAGCUAGUGUCAGAAUACUACAAUGCAACAAAGCUCAUGCCGGCGAGGUUUGUCAUAUUGAUAUAUAAGUGGGAAAUAUGGAUGUGAUAGAUUUGUGAUACGCAUGCUGAUUCCUCCCCCACACACUUCUAUGACUACUAGCUCUCAUACAGUGAAUUUACAGCAAGAAUUAUGAACCUUACACUUAUCAAUGAAUAAAUUCAUUUUAACUAAGCUAAAUUUCUCUCUUAAAAGCUGAGCAUUAGCUUAGCUUUUCUGACACAUAAUAUUUGAUAUUUUGCUCGUUUUGUAAUUUUAUGUCAUGAAAGCAUACAAAUAGAGCACUUUUAAGAUUCCAAAGAUGAUUUUUUUUUAUUUGUCCCCUUAAGACGUAAUUUUCCCUACUUUGCAACGGAUGUCACUGCAUACGAAGAUGUUUUUCGCUUCUUCAAAGUGCCUUUUUUGCACAGUUGUUUGGUUUUACAAAGACAAACGGCAACACAUAACUGAAUCCCUCUGUGAAAGUGCUUUUAUUAUGCUUCAGCAAACCAAGAGGCCUUCAGAGAAUUCAAGUUAGAUUUAUUUUUUCUUUGGCGUAGCUUUCUACAGGCCUUCAAUUUUCUUUCAGUAAUGCUAAAGAAAGAACAUUUUGUGUGAUAUGUAAUUUGAUAUGAAAAACCAAUUCCAAAAAGUGAAAUUGAUUUAAAUCUUACAUUUAAAUUUAUAUAAUCAUGAUACAUUACAGCUUCUCUCCCCAAUUUAAUUUAGUACAUAUAUUUCUCCCUUUGUGAAGCAUUAUUCAAACGAUAACUGCAAAAAGACGAUGCACACAAGGUAAAAAAAAGUAACAUUUUUAUAUGAUCAAUAUUUAUUUAUAUGUAAAAUUACACUGUAUUAUAGAAUUUUGAGUAAUUAUUGAACAUUUAACUUUAAGUGGAAUGUUUAGUGUUUACAAUUGUUUAAAAAGUGAGAGUGAAUCCUAGCCUGACAUCAUUUUACUCUAGGACACUUGUCAAGUUUUUUUUUUUUUUUUUUCCGAGAUGAUUUUGAUUUCAAUAAAUGUAAUUUUAGAACAUGACAAAGAAUUAGAAUUAGCUAAUAAUAAACAGCUGACUAAUAAUUGUUGAAUAUUCUGUAUAUUCAAUUACAGCACUGUCUUUUCAUAAAUUGUUACAUCUGUGAAAUCUCUCUAAAUUCAAUGACACGAUCUAUGUGCGUUCGCAUUAAGGUCCGUUCACACCAAGAGCGAUAAACCAUAAAGAUAGCUAUUUUGGCGUCAGCACCAGCCGACGAUAUCGUCUGUUUAUUUUAAGCGCACGCUUGUCUGCUGCCAGUGUUGCCAAGUCCGCGGUUUUACCUCAGAACUGGGCUACUUUAACACUGUUGCCGCGGGUUGUUUUUAACGGGUUAACCCCAUUACCAUCAUAUUUUAACCACUGAAAUAAGAAUAUACAAGGGGAACCCCACCAAAAAAACAUGUAUUUUAUCCUCCGGAAUGUGAUUUUUAACGGGGAUCCCACUCGAAACACGACUGGGCAAGUUUUAAGUAGCAAUUGGGGUUUGUUGGGAAAACCUGGCAACCCUGUCUGCCGCUUUAAAUUUUUGAGCUUCUGUUCAGCUGUCAAUGUUUUUAUAGUUCAUAAACUGAACGAAAUCGUUCUGAAAGUGAUUCCAACAAAAUCAUUUCUUUAUGGUUUAUCAUUAUAGCUAUAGUGUGGACUGCUAUACUUUAAUACUCAGAACGAUUUUUAGAACUAUAUUGUAUCUUUAAAGUUAUCGUCCUUGGUGUGAACAGGCUUACACUCAGCUCAGUGUUGUCACAUUGAAAAUACAAGCUUUAGCAAUACAUUGUGGAGAGACUGUGUGCAGAGAAACAAGUAGUAAUACUUCGUAGUGUACAUGUCAAAACAACACAGAAACUAGUGUGUAACUGCAGGCAUUUCACAGAUCCUAAGCUGGGGUUUUGUUUAAAAAAACGAGAAUUUUAAGUAAUUUGUGAUUAAACAGCUCUUGGUGGUAUGUUGUUUAAAUGUGUAGUUCUCAGCAUCGCUGCCUAUUCCUCUUAAACGAUGCAUGCUUUCCUGUGAUCUGUUGGGCGCUAAAGCACACAAAGAAAGUGGGUGGCUUAUUAUAUUGAUGUACAGCAAUAUUGUUAUUUCAAGAGAAAAUAAGAGUCUUACCCAUAGGGCCAACAAGCAUGUGCACUUUCUUGAAAACACAUCAUGACUAUUUUUAUUGUAUAGCCUGGGAAUUAUUACAGUGCUUUUUGUAUAGGUUGAGUAAAUUUUAAAAACAUAUUUUGGUCUAACAAACACCUCUCUAAUACCUCUCAUCCAAAGUAGUGGGAUUGCAGAGCUGGCACAGAUUCUAUACAGAUUCUACAGAACUAGAAAACCUGCACAUUUUAUACCUCAUACAACAUUCAACAGAAAUCAUUGAGCUUUCAGCACAUGUGCCUGCAAUCGCCACUGCGGAUUCCAUUUUCCAAUAUACAUAAAAAUGGGCUGAUGGGAAGUGAAGUGUCAGCGUUACACAGGUAUGGAGAUGAAAAUGUGUGGGGGUUUUGUAUUUCACAACAGAAAUGUUCUUUUUUCUGUAAGUGAAAAUGUAUCAUAACUAAUACUGUAGAAUAAGCUGUGGGUUUAGAUGUAAUAUAAGACGUUGGUUUUGGUUUUUAAUGGAGGAUUAUAAUGCAACGUCACCUCACGCGAACUACAUGUGGAAACUUUGUUUCUGAUUUUAAACCAACAUAUCAGAAAACAAGAAUAUAGUAUUUAGAAUACUAAUAAAUCAGUGGUUUGACAGACUUAUAAUGACAGACUAUAAUGACUAGAUUCAUUUGAAUGUUCUAGACGAUGUUAACUGCAGCUAAACUUGCUUUUGUGGAGAGUUGCUGGCUUUUUAUGUUUUUCUUUGUGUGUAUUUUAUGUCAGUGAUUGUGAUGUGAAAUUAUUUUUGGUUGGAUGUAUGUAUGGUAAAUCUUUUUGCACAUUAUAGACUUCAUUUUGAAACAUCAUUAAAUGUUUUUGACAAGUGAA